AUGCCUGGCAUGAGUGCCUACCUUGCCGCUCGCCUUGCUGGCGACCCACGGGCUGCAGCUCUGCUCCCCCGUCAAGUCACGGUCAACGCUGCAAAUCCGGGUCGUAACUCAGGCUGGCACGGCGACGGCGACGAAGAUGACGACGGCAACCACUCCACCGUCACUGUGCGGAUCUCGACGGCGAUCAGGGUCUCUGGUGGUGGGAACAUCAUCAGCAUCCCAACGAACCCGGCCGAGAGCGCGAGGCUGGUCGCCGAGACAGUCACCAGGACCAUCGGCCAGAGCGAAGCGGCUGAGAACGGCGGGAUUCCCAUGAUCGAUGAGGAGGGACGGCCCAGGCCGCUGCGGAUCGAGAUCGAGGCAGGCAUUGAGGUCAACGGUGAGGGAAAUGUUAUGGGUGGUGAAGACGUUGUCAUGAAGGCAGUGCUUGGGAAGCGUCGUCGCGCAGAGGAGAGCGGGGAGGAGGCGAGUGACGAGGGGCGCCGUCGAUAUCCAUCGCAGAAUACCAUGGCCAGGGCCAGCACCAGUACUUGA